UGAAAGUGUGACGGACAAAAGUGAUGUAGACAGCGAAGUGGUGCUUCAAGAUGGCGGUGAUAAAAUUAAUUUAAAUAGCAAUAAUAGCAUUGAUUUGGAUGAAGUAGUGCAAGUUGACCCAAUUACUGAUAAAGUGUGCGAAAUAAAGGCAUUGGCCAUUCGUAAUAAUAUGCCCCAAAAGAUGGUAAUUAAAAAACGAUUUGCAACUUCUGCCAACUUCAACCAAGCAGGGGCUGCAGAGUUCACAAACCUACCAACGCCGAAGGCUGCAAAAAUUUACGUGGAUUCGUCUUCAGAUUCAACUGCUAUUUUGGCACAAAUUUUGGAAAACCAAAAAACUAUAAUUACUAACCAGCAAAAGUUUGAUGAGCGCCUUCAAAAUUUGGAGAAGGCUCGUGACAAAAAUGCAAUCGAUAAUACAACGCUAAUGGCACAAAACCAGACCAUUCGCGAAUGUAAAGUGCUGGUAAGCAAAGUGCUACGUUCGGUCGGUCGUCUGACAGGCGAACUUGGAGACGAGAUGCAAAUAGAGAUCGCUGCAACGUUGCCCUUGGCAAGUAUUGCCGCAGCUAAAGAUGUCGAAGAAAAGCUGGAAAAACAGGAAUACUUCGAAUCAAUGAAAAUCUACUUGUUCCAAAUGAAAGGGAGCAACGAAACGGUGGAUGACGUUUUCCGAAGGGUCAUGACCGACGAACUAGCCUUUUUAUUCAAUUUUGAUGGAAGGAAGGAGAAGAGGGCGUUAACAAAAUUGAAACUAAUUAACCAAGUGGCGAGGUUUUCACAACUGAAGGUCGCCAGCAGUUAGAAAAGGCAUUGAGUUGAGUCACAAUCGCUCUCACCAAAAGAAAUUUUUAAUAAAAAGUAAAAAUGUUGUAUAAAUGUAUAGACAAAAAUGUAAC